UUGCUGGUGAAGACCAUGGAGCACGAGCAUGUAACUGACGGGAAGCUUCCCGAAGCAUCUGGAACACGCGUCCAGACCACACUAAAAAAGAAAGAGGUCACGAACCCCCGAGAAAGCGGAAGACGAGUCAGAGUUGGAGGGCAAGCUACACAUCCAUCCCCCAUCCACACGCCCCCGCCUCGCCGAGAGAUCUGCGGCAGCGACCGAUCCAUCCGGAGGAGGAGGAGGAGGUGGGAGGGAGAUAGAGAGAGAGGGAUGGAGGAGGCGGCGGAGAAGGCGCUGUCGUACAGGUACUGGGUGCGGGAGGCCACCGGCGACGCCGCGCCGCUGCCCAUUCCCCGCAAGCUCGACCCCGCUGCGGCCGCGGCCGCGACCGCCGCCAACGGCAACGGCAACCCGGCGCCCCUCGGCUCCGUCUGGAAUCAGGCUGGAACCUGGGAGGAAAAGAACCUCAACUCAUGGGCUAAUAGUAGGAUAAAGGAUUUGCUGGGUUCCUUAGGUUCAUUGGAAUUCCCCACAGGGAAGGCAUCCAUUGAAGAAGUGUCCAAAUGCUCAGGCGAUGCAUUUCAGGUCACGGUUCGUAAUAAGAAAAGAGUUGGGUAUAAUUAUGAACUAACCUUGAAAUUUCGAGGUGAAUGGUUAAUUAAAGAAGAAAGCAAGGAGGUCAAAGGCCAUUUAGACAUUCCUGAGUUCUCCUUUGGUGAGCUUGAUGACUUGGAGGUACAAGUAAGGUUCAGCGAUGACAAGGGCCUCGCAUCCGACCACAAAACGCUGAUUUGCAAGGAUUUGAAGUCCUUCCUUGCACCUAUUCAGGAGAAACUGCGCGUGUUUGAAGUAGAGCUCAAAGGUAGAUAGCGAAGAUUAGCAAGAGUCGGCAGCUAGGUGAAAUUAACUGGCGCUGCUUUCUCAGCAUUAGCUUCAUUCGUGAAAGAAAAUCUGUGCUAGAUAAGUAAGCAUGUCAAAACUCGAAGUCCUGUGUGGUUUCACCAUGUGAUUUUGUGUUGUGUAAAGCUUCUACAGUCAUCACAUGUUCUUGGAUGACUGGGGUUGUAUGUGCACUAAUGUUAUGAACAUAUCGAGAUGGACACGUACUGUCGAAGGAAUCACUUGAUCGACGUUUCUUUUCA